AGCACCGACCGAAGAGGCAGAAACAAGCAUGGCAGGCAACAUCAGCAACAGUGCGGGUCCUGUAGCCAGUUCUCUGUCUAAACUACAGUCUUUAAAUGGAUUGUUUGCGAUUAAUAAGAAACAAGGACCGACAUCUGCAGACGUGUUAAAUAUGCUCAAAGAAGCUUUACUCAAAGAGGCUGGAGUGAAAAACCCAAACCCACGAAAGAGGAAGAAGCAGAGCCUGAAAAUGGGCCACGGAGGGACGCUGGACAGCUCUGCCAGCGGGGUGUUAGUUGUUGGUGUUGGGAAUGGCACAAAAAUGCUCAGUACAAUGUUGGCUGGGUCUAAGAAAUAUGUUGCUGUGGGAGAACUGGGGAAGGCAACAGAUACUCUUGAUGCCUCUGGAAGUGUGAUUCUGGAGAAAGACUUUGAACACAUAACCAGAUUAGACUUGGAGGAGAAGCUGAAAGCUUUCACUGGUGAAAUCAUGCAAGUUCCUCCACUCUACUCUGCACUGAAAAAAGAUGGCCAGCGUCUGUCUGUCCUGCUGAAGCAAGGUCACCAGGUUGAGGCUAAACCAGCCCGACCAGUCAAAGUGUACAACCUAAGCCUGCAGGAGUUCAAACCUCCCCUCUUCACUCUUGAUAUUGAAUGUGGUGGUGGAUUUUAUGUCAGGAGCUUGGUGGAUGACCUGGGAAAAGCUCUGUCGUCAUGUGCUCACGUGAAGGAGUUGAUCCGGACCAAGCAGGGGCAGUUCACUCUGGAAGAGCACGCCUUACAUGAGGAGCAGUGGACACUGGAAAAUAUCCUGUGCUCUCUGCAGCCCUGCUCAGAGUCGGAGCAGAAACCAGCAGAGGCUGACACCUGAGGGACACUCUGAACACAUCCCAAAGUGAAGGUGACGAGCUGGGGUUGCUCUGUCUCGUGACCAACCAUGACACGCCUGACUUUGACUUUUGACUUUUCCAGUUAAGAGAAUAUUUUGUCGACUCUAGUGUAAUAUUUACUGGAUAUUUAGAGUUGUGCUGUCAAGCACAGUGUGACAAGUUGAGUAAAAUGACAAAACCACUGUAUAGUGGAUUAGUGUAAUAAUUCUACGCUGGACUUAUGAUUUCUAGUCCACAUUCCAGUGGUGUCUUUCUUGUCUUUGCCUCAUCUGUUAUUAAAGUUUUAAUUUGUAUAUAA